AUGGCGACAGUACAACGCGACAGGCGCGUCGAUUUCAAUACACAUUUACCGCUGGAGAUCGUCAUGUCGAUCUUGUGUAACUUGCGGACGUCUACUUUGGUUCGGAUCUUGAUGGGUGUUUGCAAAGCGUGGCGACUACGUGUGCCCGAGUGUCAUCGUGCCUGGCGCACAUUCAUGCCGAAACACGUUGGAAGAAUAGAGCUUUUGGGAAAUCUCACGGCAAUCGAGGAUAGGGUGAAGCCUUUCAAUAACCGUCUAUGGAACAUUUUCGCUCGAUUUGCUAGCCCUACCUUAAGCAAACUACAUUUGAGAUACAAUGGAAUUAGCACCAAGACCAUUUCUUCAAUGAUUCGCCAAUGCCGAUCACUUGAAAUAGUCGAACUGGACACAAUCGUUCGACUAGAAGACCAAAUCGUUAACAGUUUGAUCCAACUACUAAGACUGCAAUCCUUAACACUCCAGCGAUGCGGUGAGAUUACGGGCACAAACUUGCCAGAUUUUUCAAUGAAAGUGCAGAAAACGCAGCAACAACAGCAACAACAAUAUCUCACCGUCAUCAUCAUCAUCAUUGUUAUCCGGUGA